AUGUCCGACCCAUUUCUCAAGGAGCGCUUCGAGCAGUUAGGGCUUGAGGUAGUUGUCCCGACGACGGAUGCGCAAUCGUUGAUCAACAGGAUCAUCUUCGUAGAGCUUUCAAAGGGAGAGGUCAGGGAAGAGUCGCGUGCAGAGUAUCUCGCGGUUGUGGAUGAGCUUUACGCAAACGGCUCCGAGGCGCUGAUCCUUGGCUGCACAGAGAUAAGGCUGCUCAUUAAGCAAAGCCACCAACCGAAUAUUCCCAUGUUUGACACUCUUGCUAUACAUGUACAGGCAAUUGUACAACUAAGUCUAAGUAGCGAUCCCUAA